AUGCAGCUAAAUCGACCAAAGAGCGCUCUAAUCAGCUUCACUCCACCACUGUUACCCUCAGAGACACAGAAUUCCUUCUCCAGCCAGUUCAAAACAAUGCGGUUUUCAUACCACAUCAGCAAUGGUUUGCCCAGUCCUCAGCCAGCCCUACGCAGGAUAGGCCCCUCUGCCUCCAGUCCUCGGCUCCUGACGAAGAGCCUGUCCCUGGAGCCUGGUCCCUGCCUCGGAGCCCAUGAAACCCCGCAGCGCCUCUGCUCGGAUCCCGGUCCUCUCGGACCCCAGCACUGUAACGGCACGAGCGAGAACGGCUCCCACGGCUCCCAAGAUGUCCCCCCGGCUGCCCCCAAAACACGUCCUCCUUUACCCGGCCCAAAACCGCAAGUGCCCCCGAAACCGCCUCAUCUGCAGCAGAGCGCCCGACGGCCCCGGCCUCCUGACAAGCCCCUCCCCCCGCCCCCUUCCCGCCCGCUCCCGGCAGACCCGCGUUCAUCUCGCGCCACCUUGCCCCGUGCUGAGGGAAGCUCCUCCCCCACAUGUGUCCUCUCCCUCAUUGAGAAAUUCGAGAGAGAGCAGAUUAUUGUGGUCCCAGACAUCACUGGGGGGGUGAUGUGCACUCCACGGGUUCCCGAGCCCCAGUCAAGUGCAGCGGCUUCCCCGCCUCCAUCAUCGGAGUCACCCAUGCCCUGCUCCACACCUCCGGAGCCUUCAGAGAUGCCGCUGGCAGGAGCAGAGCUGGAAAAGGACAUUAAGGGGGAAGAGACGGAAGAGGCAGAGGAAGAGAGCGAACUGGGGGCCUCGUGCUCUGAGAAGCGCCUUUCCAUGGAGUCUGGCUACAGUGCCUCUGAGAAACAGCUCGACGCUGUGGAAAUGAGAGACCUCACAGCCAACCAAUCAGAGAUCCCGUCCGACCGACUGUCCCUCCCUCCUCCCCAAACAGACGGGAAGCUGGCCAACAGGGACAGCGGCAUCGACAGUAUCAGCUCCCCCUCCCACAGCGAGGAGCUGUGCUUCGCCGCGGACGAGGACCGGACGGGGCACGAGAGGGACAUCUUCCCCUGCAGCCCUGCCCCGACCCUUCCUCGCCUCUCCUCCUCUUCCUCCUGCGGUUACGCCGAGGGGCCCGGAGGAGAGGGCGCCGCGGCCGCGGAGGAGGUCCGGGACUCGGAGGGCGACAGCGAUCUGGAGGAAGGGAGCGGGGAUGAGAGCGAGUUGAACCCGAUGGCUCUACAGUCGCUCGCUCUUCCCAAAGCCGAAAGACAAGACUCCACCGAGCUAUCAGUUCAGCAGAGGGUAUUCAACAUAGCCAAUGAGCUACUGCACACAGAGAAGGCUUACGUGGCCAGACUGCACCUCCUGGACCAGGUGUUCUGCGCUCAGCUAAUGGAGGAGGCCCGUGCACGCAACUCUUUUCCCUGUGAGGUGGUCAUGGGUAUUUUCUCCAACAUCUGCUCCAUAUACUGUUUCCACCAACAGUUCCUGCUCCCCGCACUGGAGAAGCGCAUGGAGGAAUGGGAGCUGAACCCGCGCAUUGGGGACAUCCUUCAGAAACUUGCCCCUUUCCUAAAAAUGUAUGGAGAGUAUGUGAAAAAUUUCGACCGAGCCAUGGAGCUGGUAAACACCUGGAUGGAGCGGUCCUCUCAGUUCAAGGCCAUUAUUCAUAACAUUCAGAAAGAGGAGAUGUGUGGGAAUCUGACCCUGCAGCACCACAUGCUUGAGCCAGUUCAGCGGAUCCCUCGCUAUGAACUCCUGCUCAAGGACUAUCUCCACCGACUCCCAGAGGAUGCAGAUGACUUUAAAGACGCCCAGAAAUCUCUGGAAUUGAUUGCUACGGCUGCGGAACACUCCAACGCGGCAAUCAGGAAGAUGGAGCGCAUGAGAAAGCUGUUGAAGGUGUAUGAGUUGCUUGGGGGGGAAGAGGAUAUUGUCAAUCCGACUAAUGAGCUCAUUAAGGAGGGGCACAUCCUCAAACUUUCAGCCAAAAACGGAACUUCGCAAGAUCGAUACCUCAUUCUUUUCAAUGACAGGCUGUUGUACUGUGUCCCUAAACUGCGUCUGAUUGGACAGAAAUUUGGAGUCAGAGCAAGGAUUGAUGUGGAUGGAAUGGAGCUGAAGGAGACGAGCAGUUUGAAUGUGCCACGGACGUUUCUAGUAUCUGGAAAACAGCGUUCACUUGAGCUACAGGCCAGGACUGAGGAAGAGAAGAAAGACUGGAUUCAAGCGAUCCAGGCUACCAUACAGAGACACGAGCAGACCCUGGAGACCUUUCGCAUGCUUAACUGUUCCUUCCGCGAGGAGGACUACACUCCACCCAACUCACCAAACUGCACAGAGCUGGGGAAACGUGCGCCGACUCCGAUUCGGGAGAAGGAGGUCACGUUGUGCAUGAAAUGUCAGGAGCCCUUUAACUCCAUCACUAAGAGACGCCAUCACUGCAAGGCCUGUGGCCAUGUGGUAUGUGGGAAGUGUUCCGAGUUCAGGGCCCGUUUGCUGUACGAUAACAAUCGGGCUAACCGUGUGUGUAUAGAUUGCUACACUACACUGGUGGGAGUUCCUCCUUCUCCAGCUAGCCUGACCAAUAACACACAGCGUCGCCGCUCCAUCUUAGAGAAACAAGCCUCGGUUGUGGCCGAAAACAGCAUCCUGUGCAGUUUCCUCCAUCACAUGGAGAAGGGCAGUGGCCGUGGAUGGCAGAAAGCUUGGUUUGUCAUUCCAGAGAAUGAACCACUGGUUCUCUACAUCUACGGAGCUCCGCAGGAUGUGAAAGCCCAACGCAGCAUUCCUCUCAUCGGAUUUGAAGUCUCCCUUCCUGAGUCAUGUGACCGGCUGGAGCGUCGCUAUGCCUUUAAAAUGAGCCAGAGUCAUUUGACGGUUUACUUCAGCGCGGACGGGGAGGAGCUUCAACGCCGUUGGAUGGAAGUCCUGUCAAGAGCUGGGAGGGGGGAGGAGCUACAAAUGCAUGGUCCAAUAUCUGAGGCUCUAGAGGAAGAGGGAGAGGAGCCAGUGUCUCUGGGAGAAAGCACAUGA